AUGGAUGACAACGACACAUUCGAUAUUUUAAACGAAAUAUAUGGAGACGAUUUCUCUGAUGACUUUUCAUUUGAUUUUGUAAACAAGAAUCAGGAUAAAAAAGUGGAUUCUAAACCAGAAUCACAUAAAAAAGAGCCCACUGAAUAUACGUAUGCACAUUCAACAUCAUUUCAAAAACCACUGGAGUUCUACCCACUGAGCCCAUUUCCAAGUUAUGGAUACAGCUGUUUAGAUCUGUUGGACCUGGCGAGAAUAUUCAACCCGUCAGGGAGUGACUAUUUCAACAUAGAUAGGACACAGUAUCAUCAAAUGUGUAGAAAUGACAAGUCUAAACUGUUUAAAUUAAACGAAAAACUGGAAAAUGGAGAGUCGUUUGCAAUUAAAUCCUCCACAUAUUCGACGGUUAACCCACCGGUAUACAUGAAAUACUACAGAAGUAAUGAAUCGGAAUCUGAUUCAGCAGAAUCUAGCUCGUUGAUAUCGGAACCUAUAGACAGGCUAUUCAAGAGAAUAUAUAAAAUGAAGCAUGAUGAGUACGAAGAUGAGGAUGUGUUCACGGGAAGAAUAAUUAAGAAGAGGAAGAAGAAACGAAGAGAAGUUUCGGAGUCAAGAAAGGAGAACUGGGUGACCAAGUACAAACCAGAAUAUUUCUCAGACCUGCUAACGAGAGAAAACGCGAAUCUAGAGUGCUUGAGGUGGCUGUCUAGUUGGAAGUGCUCCUCGAAUUAUUUGAGUAAAUACAAGGAGCCAGAAAAUAAGAUCCUGUUAAUAGGAGGUCCGUCAGGAGUGGGAAAAACGUGCCUGGUUCAAGUGCUGGGAAGACACUGCGGAUACAACAUCGUGGAAAUUAACUCAAGCGACGAUAGAACGAAGGGAAGAGUGAUACCAAUAAUCAACGGAGUAGUGUCGGCAGGGUCAGUGGACCCGAAAAGACCGAACCUGUGCUUAUUAGAAGACGUAGAUACACUGCACGGCCAGGAGCUGUCAAUAAUAACACACCUGAAGCAGAUAAACAGUAAAAAGGGGCCAAAGGGGAACUUCAUUAAGAGGCCAAUAAUAUGCACGUGCACGGACGUAUACGCAAGGAACCUGAAGGAGUUGAGAGAAAUAUCGAAGGUAGUGAUGAUAGAAUCGUGUGAUAAUGUGCUACUGAAGUCGAGGCUGGAGUCAAUAAUGGAGGAGGAAGGAGUGUUCAUACCGGAGGAGUACCUGAAGGAAAUACAGGAAACGUACAAGGAUGAUAUAAGAUCGUGCCUGACAGUACUAGAAUUCAUAUCCAAUUACUCAGGAAAGCACGGCAGCUUCUCAAUAUCGGAUCUGACGAAGGACACGAACGAGGGGGUCGAAAAGUUACUGAAAACAGUGUUCAACAACGACAUUGCAAGUAAGGAGAAGAUGGAAACGCUGCUGCUGUCAACAACAAGUUCUAUCGGGUACAACUACGUGGCAUCGGUGAUAGGUGAAAAUGCAACAACGCUGCCAAUGAAAAGACACGACCACCUGUGGAAAAUAGCAAUCUUUGAAGACAUAAUAGCGCAGAGUGACGCAGUGUGUAACACGUACGCAAGUAACCAGCAGUCGAUACAGCUGUUAAAAGUGUGUUGUUCAUUUCUGAACAGAUAUGUGUGCAACAGGACGUUCAUAUCUCACAAGCUCACAUACCCACAAAAAACGAGCUUCUUUGGCUACAAUAUGAAAUAUAACAAGUCAAAGAACAUAAUACACACACUGCAGAAGAGUACAACGCCAAUAAUAGCACAAGGAAUUGUAUCAAGGAAUUUUACACAAGAAACUCUGCCAUUUAUACUCCAGUUCAUGUCAAACGCAAACAGAGCAUUGAACAAUCAAUCAUAUCCAACGUUACUGAGAGUAAUAAAGGGUACGUUGAUAGUAGUAGUGAUACAGAGCCUAGAUGGGUGCUGGGAAGGUUUGUUUCCAUAUGGCUCAACUAAAUUGCCGCUCUCGGUGUAUCCGCUGUUUCACCUGGCACAGAUAGUAGUGUCAUACGGAAUGUCAAUAGUUAACGUAAAUCAUCAUAUGGUAUUUGACCCACCGGUCUUUGAACUGUACCUGAAAACAGACGACCAAGACUACUUUUAUAGAAUACAAGAUAAAUUUUCACAGAUGCUGGUCAACUUCGUGGACUUUUACAGAACGGGAAACAAGAGUCACUUCACAGACGAUAGCCACUUCAAAGGAGCCUCGCACUUUAAAACAAAUAAGUUUACUAACUUAACGGAGGCAGUGAAGUACAUUUACAACGAAGGGUUUGAAGUGUUCAAGAAGCUGAAUGAGACGACAGAGAAGGUGAACAAGGUGAAGUACAACGAAGUAGUGUGCAAAAGAACACACGAACACGUGUUCCCAGUGCUACUGUCGCAAAUAAUACACAAGGAUUCCCUGGAACUGAAAGAGUACUCGAGCAAGAAGAGGAUCAUCAGUAAAACGUUUGGAAACUACAAGUACAAAGAUCAAAACUGCUCAGCAGUCCGCUACAUAAUAAAUCAACUUUAA